UGCAAUCCGAGUUUCUUGCGCCUUUUUUUCGCGUGAUAUGCGCAUGUCGGGCGGGUCACUUGCUUCUUUGGAGGAGCUCUUGCAUGCUUGGCCCACUCUGACGCUAGUGUUUGGAGCAGCGUCGGCAUGUGAAGGGUUACGCAACCUGGAAGUGCGUGAGAGCCGUUUGCCGCCGCCCCGCCACCGCUGCACCUGCCGAGAGCGCGCUUUCUCGCCACUGCAGGGACCGAAUUCGUGGGCAGAAGCAUCGGCGCCUGAUGGUUUAGAGGUCGCGCAGCCACGGACACAGCGCGAACAAGGACCACGGCACGAUGAGCCAGGGAGUUGACCACUUUUUUUACUCAAACUUCCAGAUAUUACCAGAUCCUCGAACAAAAGACUGGUUUCCAGGAACAAAUUUCAAUCUCACUGUGGCUGUGGUUGUCGUCUACUUGAUAGUAUGUCUUUUCCUUGGCCCGCUGCUUAUGAAAAGCAGAGAAGCGAUGCAGCUGAAAAACUGCAUGGCCGGCUACAAUUUGACCAUGGUCCUACUUAGUGCCUAUAUUGCGUUUGAGUCCUUCAUGGGAGGCUGGGGCACGCACUACCGGCUCCUCUGCCAACCGAUCGGUGCUCCCGACGACAAAGCCUCGAUGCGGAUGGUCAGGGCGCACUACGUGUACUUUGUCUCCAAAUUUAUCGAACUGAUGGACACGGUGUUUUUCGUGCUGCGCAAGAAGUACUCGCAAAUCUCAUUCCUGCAUGUGUACCAUCACGGCGUGGUGGUGCUCAUGUCCUACUGCUCGUUCCGCUAUCUGCCUGAUGGACACGGGACUCUGAUUGUUCUGCUAAAUUCGCUGAUUCACGUGCUGAUGUACGCCUACUACUUUUUGGCUGCUCUUGGACCGAAGGUGCAGAGGUUCCUCUGGUGGAAGAAAUACCUCACCACCAUGCAAUUGGUGCAGUUCGUGUUUACAUUGGCGCACGCCGCAUACGUUUUCCACCCGUCGUGCAAUUACCCGAGACCACUGGUCAUCGUCCUAAUGAUCAACUCUGGCAUGUUCCUCCUGUUGUUUGUGAAUUUUUACAGGAAAAGCUACAAGGAAGGAAAGCAUAUCACAGGAAAGAAGCUGAAAGUCAAAUGAUAGAUGCGUAAUUUUGAACUGAAAUUUUGUUCACAGUAAUAAAAGUUAGUGUUGAAGCUGUUA